AUGCGUUCCUCACCGGCCUUGCUGUCGGUCCUGUUUGGCACCAUUUUCGGUGUCCUUGGCGCGUCGCUGAGCAAAUCGCUGCUCUCACAGGCUCCGGACGAGUGUCGAUGGUCCGGUUAUAGUGAAGACGAUCUAACUCUCGUGUGUAGACUUAGAACUAUCAACAGUGAACUGGAGAAUACGAAUUUUAGUGUGCUGCAUCCGGAGAAUACGGUGCGGUUGCGGUUGCAGUGCAACGACGGGCUGUUUUUCCAGUCCAGCAUUAGUCCGGGGAGCUUCCGGCAGUUGUCCGAGCUGCGAUCGCUUACGAUCGAUUAUUGUAAAAUAGCUAACUUAACCGAUGGUUCCUUUCGUGGUCUUAAGGAGUUGACCAAUUUGACUCUGCGGACGCACAACACCGACUGGUCGUCGGUUAGUUUGGAAAUCGCACCGCAUGUUUUCAACGCGGAACUGUCCAAACUCGAGCGGCUGGAUUUGAGUCAGAACAACAUGUGGUCCCUGCCGGACGGAAUAAUUUGUCCGUUGACCAAGCUGCAGUAUCUUAAUUUGACACAGAACCGGAUCCGGGAUUUGUCAGUGUUUCACUUCAGUGCGUCGCUUAGCACGCGGUUAUCGAAGAAAUGUGGAAGUUCCAUUACGGUGCUUGAUAUUUCCCACAACAGUAUUGACAAUUUGCCCCCGGCGAUCUUUUCCGGACUGGGCAAACUAACCGAGCUUCGGUUGCAAAACAACGGACUCAACUUUAUAGCUGAUCGUGCGCUGGAAGGAUUGCUUUCGCUCUCUAAGCUCGAUAUUUCCCUCAACCGGUUAACAAACCUUCCCCCGGAGUUAUUCUCCGAAGCGAAGCACAUUAAGGAAAUCUACCUUCAGAACAACAGCAUCAACGUUCUUGCACCGGGGAUUUUCAGCGAAUUGCAGCAGUUACUGGUUUUGGAUUUGUCUAACAAUGAGCUGACGUCCGAAUGGGUAAACCCUGCAACGUUCAAAGGCCUCUCGCGGCUUAUAUUGCUCGAUCUAGCUAACAACAAAAUAUCAAAACUAGAACCGUCCAUAUUCCGAGAUAUGUUCAACCUGCAGAUUCUUCGGCUGCAGGAUAAUUUUAUUGAAACUUUACUCGAAGGUACAUUCUCCGAGCUAGCUUCCCUCCACACGCUGGUCAUCUCCAACAACCGGCUUUCCAACAUCGAGUACUUCAGCUUUCAUGGCUUGACUCGACUCUCACUACUAUCACUUGAUUACAAUCGAAUCUCGCGCAUCGAUCGAGCCGCGUUCAAAAAUCUGUCCACCUUGCAGGACCUGCACCUGAAUGGAAACAAGCUGUUGCAAGUACCGGACGCCCUGUACGAUGUUCCACUGCUGCGUACGUUAGAUUUAGGUGAAAACCAUAUCAGCAACAUCGGAAAUGCCAGCUUCAAAGACAUGGUUCAUAUGUAUGGCCUGCGACUCACCGAGAACAAUAUUGAAGUGAUCCGGAAGGGGACGUUCGAUGCGAUGAAGUCACUGCACAUCUUGAACCUUUCGAAGAACCGACUGAAACGUGUGGAUCAGGCUUGCUUUGACAAUAAUACUAACCUGCAGGCGAUUCGAUUGGACGGAAAUUAUUUGACUGAUAUCACGGGACUUUUUACUAAGCUACCGAAUCUAGUGUGGCUCAAUAUCUCCGACAAUCAUCUAGAGUUGUUCGACUAUGCGCUCAUUCCUACCGGCUUACAGUGGUUGGAUAUUCACGCGAACAAAAUUGCUGAAUUGGGUAACUAUUUUGAAAUUGAGAGUCAACUGGCGCUUAGCACAAUCGAUGCUAGCUCGAAUCAGCUGACCGAAAUCACCGGCAGUGCUAUUCCGAAUAGUGUGGAGCUGUUGUAUCUGAACGAUAAUCUGAUAUCGAAGGUGCAGUCCUAUACGUUCUUCAAGAAACCCAAUCUAACACGGGUGGAUUUGUUUGGUAAUAAAAUCACGACCUUGGACCCGAAUGCACUGAGAAUCAGCGCCGUUCCGGAUGACAAAGCCCUGCCGGAAUUUUACAUCGGAGGAAAUCCAUACCAGUGCGAUUGUAAUUUGAACUGGCUGCAGAAAAAUAACGUCGAUUCACGGACCCAACCGAAGCUGAUGGAUUUGGAUAGUAUCUAUUGUAAGCUGCUGUAUAACCGGGGGAGGACGUACGUUCCGCUGGUGGAGGCCCUGCCCAAUCAGUUUCUGUGCAAGUACGAGACGCAUUGCUUUGCGCUGUGCCAUUGUUGUGAUUUUUACGCUUGUGAUUGUAAGAUGGAAUGUCCGGCCCGCUGUACGUGCUAUCACGACCAAAGCUGGACUUCGAAUGUGGUGGACUGUUCUCGGGCUGGCUACGACGAAAAGCUACCGGAUCAAAUUCCGAUGGAUUCGACGCAGAUUUACCUGGAUGGCAAUAACUUCCGCUCGCUGAGCAGUCAUGCAUUUCUAGGGCGAAAGAAACUGAAGAUUUUGUUUUUGAAUAACAGUAAUGUGGAGGUUAUUAGCAAUAGGACGUUCUAUGGAUUGAAAGAGUUGGAAAUUUUACAAUUAGAUCAUAAUCAAAUAUCGGAAUUGAAUGGGUUCGAGUUUGUUGGGCUGGAUCGGUUGAAGGAAUUGCUGCUGCAGUAUAACCGAAUAACGUCGAUCGCCAAUCACAGCUUCGAUCAUCUGCAUAAUUUGAAGAUUCUACGCUUGGACCAUAAUCGAAUCGUUGAGUUCAACAUGUGGCAUCUGCCAAAGCAACUGACUGAUUUGCGGUUGGCGGCGAAUCCGUGGUCCUGCGAUUGUGAGUACGUGGAAAAGAUGCGCGAGUAUCUGAAAAUGUUCGAUUUCGUCAAAGAUAAGCUGAAAAUAAAAUGUACGGUAACGAUCCUGCCGGGCAAUGAGACAGCUCCGGCGAUCGGUGGACCGGCAGUGAACGGAUCGUCGCUGCCUGCGACAGUCACCGGUCAGCAGCCUGUCGCUGUGGUUUCGAGGGGAGCAAUCCCGUUGGAAUUGGCCGGCGGGGAGUCUCCGGCCGGUGGUUUCUUGAUUUAUUUGGACAACAGUACAACACUGUGCAGCGGUGCAGUGCCUCUCGAUAACAUCAUCAACGGAAACUUGACAUCGCGCAAGACGGUAUUAUCGCCACCGCCGAUCGAAGGUUACAUCCCGCUGCUGGUGGCUGCCCUUUGUGGAUUCUCGGCGAUCAUCAUACUGACGCUGAUUGUGUUUGUCUUUCGGCAGGAAAUGCGUGUUUGGUUUCAUUCACGCUUCGGCGUCCGACUGUUCUACCGAAACACUGACAUGGACAAGAACGAGCGGGACAAGCUGUUUGAUGCGUUCGUGUCGUACAGCUCCAAAGAUGAGGCUUUCGUGGCCGAAGAGUUGGCUCCGAUGCUGGAAAAUGGUGAUCCUUCCUACAAAUUGUGUCUCCAUUAUCGGGACUUUCCCGUAGGAGCGUACAUCGCCGAUACGAUCGUUCAGGCAGUGGAAUCAUCUCGCAGGACCAUCAUGGUGCUGUCGGAAAACUUCAUCAAAUCCGAGUGGUGCCGAUUCGAGUUCAAAUCCGCUCACCACCAGGUGUUGCGCGAUCGACGGAGAAGACUGAUUGUGAUCCUGCUGGGAGAAGUGCCGCAGAAAGAUCUGGAUCCCGAUAUCCGGCUGUACUUGAAAACGAACACCUAUCUGCAGUGGGGUGAUAAGCUGUUCUGGGAGAAGCUCCGGUUUGCCCUGCCGGAUGUUCCCAACAAUCAGCGAAUGCGGCAGCAACCUCCGAUAAGCAUGACCCAUUCGAACAUUCGCAAUAACUAUCAGCUUAGUCGAACACCAAAUAAUAGAAAUAACACCAACAACCAGCUGAUAAUGCUCCAACAGCAGCAGCAACAACCGCAACCCGAUCCGAGGGCUGCGCUGAGGCAGCAGGAACAUUCACCCCUGCACCAGCAACCACUUCCGCUGCCAGGACUGGCGCAGCAACCGCAGCCACCGCAAUUACUGCAGCAUCAGCGGCAACAGGAGCCACCUCGGGGAGGAAGCAGCGCCUCACCACGAACUGUGGGGAUCCACAUAUGACCCCAGCAGUCCUCAGUGUGAUAAAAAAAGUAGAACUCUGUGUUUGUGUGUGUAUGUACAUAGCAAAGCGACGAACUGAUUAGCAAAAUUUAGAAAUUUUCCGGAUCGUAAAACAAAUGUGAUAUUUAAUGAAUAAGUCAGUAAAUUAUAAUGCCGUACUGCGAACGCCAACCCCUUCACGUAUGUAAAAAGUGACACCCUAUUUAGCUACUUAGAUCGCUCCCGCAAGAAAAACUAGGUGCAAUUGUUUUCUCUCUGUGGAAGUUUCUCAAGCUCGAACUGACUGACAUUUCCCAAGUGGACCACAUCGUCGUCGUCCCAGUAGCAUGUCAGUGUGUUUGUGUGUGCGUGUUCCUCCUUGUGCUGUGAAUAAUAAUCAUAUUAGUGAUAGUGUUUCGACUCCCCACCUCGUCAACCAUGACAGUGUGGUAGCAAAAAAAAAGUAUGCGGUAGCAAUAAAAAAAUUUAAUGAAGUUCCAGUUACACACUGUACCGAAUGAAGCAGAAGAACCAGCAUGGAAGUAACAUGUGUUAACACACAAAAGAAAAAUCCCUCUGGAAUGACAAACACAAAUCAAAUGCAAAUACAAGUGCUCUUUACUGCGACUCGAUCGCCGCGCCGCGCCGUAACCUGGUAAAAGAAGCGUUAAAGUGCAACCGCAAAAAAAAAACAACCAGUGUUGAAAAAUAGUGCAGUUAGUCGCGUCUCGAGCGUUCCUGUUUUUUUUCCCAUCUUGGAGAAAUAAUUGUUACAUCGAUCGGCAGAAGAAGAGGCCCCUUUUCCAGCUUGGCCUGUAAUAAUGACAGUGUGUCUCCUCGGUGCCGUGUCGCGCUUAGUUCUCCACCAAAGUGGAUAAAAAUAAAUGAAAAAUGUUGUCCGUUCGGGUUGUCGAGAGUGGACGACAGCGGAAAAGAUCAUUGAAGAAAGAGAGAGAGCGAGAGGAAGAAAAAAAAACCGAAGCAGUGAACAGUGUAACUAGUAUUCGAUGCAAACGACGAAGGGGAAAAGAAAAAGAAGCCGAUAAAAAAGAAAGAAACCCCCGGUCGCAAUUUAAUAAUGAUAGUGACAUUCCCCGGAGUCGUUACGGUCUCGAUACGCGCCGCGUCCGCUACCUAGGAUUUGCACGCGUUCAGCCCCCCAUGCCGUCAUCGGCUUUCAAGUGCAGCUUUAUUACACGAUCAUCAGCAUAAUCAACGUUUAUUAUACAAUAUGUGUAUACGCGUAAGAUCGACCUGUGCUGUGGUCUCUACAGAAGCAGCAGCAGCAGCAACAACAACAACAACAACAGCCAGCGACAGUGUGUGACCACGAACGGUCAACAAUUACCGCGACCACUGUCAGCACCACCACCACCACCAUCAUCGAAUCGGUGUCCUGCUCUGCCCCAGAAUCAACCAGCGACAUCCCGGGAAUGUUAUACAACAGCACCGUGCAAUGCAGUCAGACUCGUCAAGAAUCGCCAGAGUCGG